UAGUAUAUGUGUACGUUGAAUUUGUAUAUAAAUUAUUAUGUAAAUAGUUAUUACCAUCUCAUGGUUGUGGUUUGAAAUACAUAUUAUUGUAAUUAUACGAUAUUGGUUUUUCAUAAUUGGUUAUGUAGAAAACAGACACAUAUAUUAAAUGAAUUACGUUUAGAUUUAUAAAUAGGUGAUUCAUCAUUUGAAUGAAAAGCUAUGGAGGCAAGCGACUAAAUCAAUCCUAAUUUGACUGAAGGCACGGCAAUAUAUUUGCUAGGUUAAAAAGUUGGUGGUUCUUAAAAUUUAUCAGUUUUAACUCUGACAAUAGAAAAAUAGAUGAUCGGGAAUUGGCACCUCAACAAAAUAUUCGUACAUCUUUCUACUAUAGGAUUAUUGCUGCUUUUAAUAACAGAUUACACCGCAGCGAUAAAAUGCUUCAAAUGCAGCGUUACUGUUGAAAAAAGUGAUAUACAAAAUACUACAGUUUUCACACCAGCGUGCACCAAAUUUGAUAAGUCUGACGAUUUUAUCGUCGAUUGCCCAUUUUCGACAAUGUGUUUAAAGACUAUUUCAACACUUCAUUUGCAAAACGAAAAACUAAAUACAGUUAUAAGAGGGUGCGCACCGCAAAAAGAUACUAAGCAGGUCUUUAAAAAUCGUCGAUGGCAACAAGAACAUUCGGUGGAAGAAGUAUAUGAUGAAGGCUGUAUUGAAUUUAAGGAAAACCAUCUCUCAGCUUCCAGUAAAACACACUGCUACUGUCGCGGUGACCUAUGCAACUCAGGACCAGGGAAAAUCUUUGCUAAUCGAAUACUGCCUACAAGCUUAAUUAUACUUUACUAUUUAUUCCGCCAAUUGUAAUUAAUAAUGUGAUUAAUAUUAAUUAGCAUAUAUUCUAAAGCUAGACUUUCUCAUAUUUCAUAAAAAUUUAUAUUAUAUGUAAUUUGUUAUAUAAUACAAUUUGUAUAUUUAAUACCUAUAGUAAAUAGGUAAUAUUAGUAAAUAUAUUUAUAAAUACAUUAGCUCAGA